AUGGGUGUUUUUAUGAUCUGCCUUGUACUCUGUGACUUAUUCAGUGUCCCUGGGACCUCCUGGAGCUGACUGGUUGUGAUCCUGUGACUUUGCAGGUCUGACCUGGAUAAGGCACAGAGAUGGGGAAAAAGCUGGACCUUUCCAAGCUCACAGAUGAGGAGGCCAAGCACGUGUGGGCAGUGGUUCAGCGGGACUUUGACCUAAGGAGGAGAGAAGAAGAAAGACUCGAGGGACUGAAGGGCAAGAUACAGAAAGAGAGCUCGAAGAGGGAGCUGCUGUCCGACACAGCCCAUCUGAAUGAGACCCAUUGUGCCCGCUGCCUGCAGCCCUACCGGCUGCUCGUGAACAGCAGAAGGCAGUGUCUAGAGUGUGGCCUCUUUGUCUGCAAAAGCUGCAGCCAUGUCCACCCAGAGGAACAGGGCUGGCUCUGCGACCCCUGCCACUUGGCCAGAGUUGUGAAGAUUGGCUCGCUCGAGUGGUACUACCAGCAUGUAAGAGCCCGUUUUAAACGCUUCGGGAGUGCCAAAGUGAUCCGGUCUCUCUGUGGGCGGCUUCAGGGUGGAGGGGGAUCUGAGCCAAGAUUGGGGGAAGAGAGUGGAGACAGUGAGCAGACGGAUGAGGAUGGAGACCUGGAUGGAGAGGCCCAGGCCCAGCCUCUCAACAGCAAAAAGAAGAAGCGCCUGCUCUCCUUCAGUGACAUGGACUUUGAGGAAGACUCAGAGCAGUCUACACAGCCUUGCAGCCACACCCUGGGCCUGUCCUCUGUCCCAAAGUCCACAUACAGCCUGCAGUCCCUCUCAGGUGAACCCUGCUCUGAGGAUACCACCUCCCUGGAGCCCGAGGGCCUGGAGGACACUGAUGCAGGAGCUUUGGGGUGUCACUCUGGUCCAGAAGAGCAGCCAUAUAGCCCCUUGCCCUCCGGAGAGGAUGCUCACACUGAGCUGGACCCACCCAGAACAUCCUGCAAGCGGGCCCUAGGGACCACAGCUAUGCCUGGGACAGAUGGUGUCAAAAGCAAACAGCUCCCCUCACAGUACCUGGCUGAUGUGGAUACCUCCGAUGAAGACAGUCUCAAGGAUCCCAGGGCAGCCUCCCAGCAUUCCAAGAGGAGGGCCCGGGUUAUGCCGGACACUCAGAUCCUGGAGUUGAACAAGCGCAUGUCAGCUGUGGAGAACCUGCUGGUCCACCUGGAGAAUGUGGUACUGCCCACCUCAGCCCAGGAACCAGCUGUGGAGUCACACCCCAGUGCAGACAAAGAGGAGGAAGCUCUCAGGAGGAGGCUGGAGGAGCUCACCAGCAACAUCAGUGAUCCUGGCACCUCAUCAGAAGACGAGACCAAGCCAGGUGGCACCCUCCAUGCGGUGUCCCCAGAGGUGUGCACAGACACUGGGCACAUGGAGACACAGGGAAGGAGCCCUCAGGGGCCUGGGAACCCUACUCGGACCACAAAGAGCACAGAUGAGGUACUGUCAGAGAUGGAGGACAGAGUGGCCAUGACAGCCUCUGAAGUUCAGCAGUCUGAGAGCGAGGUCUCAGACAUCGAGUCCAGGAUUGCAGCCCUGAGGGCAGCAGGGCUCACAGUGAAACCCUCAGGAAAACCUCGGAGAAAGUCAAACAUCCCAAUCUUUCUUCCCCGGGUUACUGAGAAACUUGACAGGGUCCCAAAGGACCCCUCUGCAGACCCUGAGGACCAAGCCCAGGUUCCUGAGGCGACGGCCGUGCCCUAUCUCCUGAGGAGGAAGUAUUCCCCCAGCAGUCAAGGCAUAGAAGGUGGUUCUUUUGAUCGGAAAUCAGUGUACCGUGGUUCAUUGACACAGAGGAACCCUAACGGGAAGAGAGGGACAGCCAGACACAUCUUUGCGAAACCUGUGAUGUCUCAGCAGCCCUGAAAGAGGAGGUUCGCAUCCCACAUUGUCUCCUCCCACACUGGCUUCUUCUCACAGCUGCUUGUAGUCACCAUCCCAGUGAGAAAUAAGAACUUCCUGUGUGGAUCCACUUGUGAGAUGGCAGUUUCUCGGGCUUCUGACUGUCACCGGGCCACUGACCAGAGCCAGGGCACCUACCAGCCUCUGACCCUGCAGAUACAAACAGAUGUGAUUUUCCCCUCAGAUGAUGCUCUCUAUCUGAGGGACACCCAGA